CACCCCCGAAUCCAGUAUCUAUGCCGGCACAGGUGAGUGGGGCCAUGGAGGCGCAGCAGGCCCAGAGCCCCUUCCACGGGAUGCAAGGUAACGCCGCUGAGGGAAUCAGGGAAAGUCAGGGAAUGAUGACAGCGGAGCAGCGACAGAUACCUCAACCCCAGCCACAGCCUUUGAGGGAGUUAUCAGCUCCCAGAAUGGCAAGUCCCCGUUUCCCGUUGCCUCAGAAGCCUAAACCUGACGUGGAACUGCAGGCCAGCACAGUUGAUAGGAUCCCAGCGCAAACGCCCACUUUGCCGGACUCCGAGGCCUCGCCGACUCUCAGGGCAGCGCCAACCUCCCUGAACCAGUUGCUGGAUAACUCGGGUAACAAGCCUCCUCGGCCCGCGGAGAGUAAUACUGUUAGGGAUGUUAUUGUUAAGGACAGCCCCAAGUCUGCUUUGAAUCCAGAGAGGCCGCUCCAGAGUAAUUCCCAGAGCACAGAUAUGCCAGCUGCUGUUGCUACUACUACUGCUAUAAAUGUAUCGGAGGCUAAACCCAAACCUGCUGUCCCAAUCUCUACCAGCAGUCCCAGUUUGCAUCCCGCCUCAAUUUCCAGCUCGCACCCUAGCACUAACGUGACCUCUAAUACUACCCCCAGCCUUAGCCAGAACCCCAUCUCCAGUCUUGGUGGUCAUCCAAGUCCAAAUGUAAAUCCAAUGCCUACCGUCUGCCCCACCCUCAGUACUAACACAAAUGCCACCACAAGUGGAAGCCCCAACCCAGUCACUUCCAGUCAAAGCAGUCCCGCCUUGACUGUCAGUACCAGUUCUAACUCCAGCUCAGCUCCGAAACCAAGCCCCAGUCCUAAGCCUGUGACAAGUGUUCACUCUGUCAUACAGAUCCCUGCCUCUUCUAGCGCAAUUCCCCCAAAUCAGAUCACUGUGUUUGUCACCUCUAACCCCAUAACCUCUGCCCCUACUCCCCAGGCACCCACAUCUAUGGCCUCAACCAUGGUGGCUGUCCCCAACAAGAACAUUAGACCUCAGGACAUCCGGCAGCAGGCCCCUGUCCCCCGCCCUCCUCAGUUUAUCGCCGCCACCCCUGUCUUAUUCAACCCAAUUUUCCAGGUCCCAGGUGCAUCUGUGGCUCCCAAUACCACAAUGGUAUCACAGUCCGUCACCAUGGUGGGGCCCAUUCAAGUGUCCACUACAAACAUUCAACUUUCCCCUGCCCCAACCUCCACCCAGUCCUCUGUGGCUAACGUGACCAGCACUCAGCCUACCAGAAGUGCUGUUGGACAGGUCCAGAUUGCCACUAGUGUGUCCUCAUCGGUCCCAGUUGGUACUCCCACAGCCCCUCAACAGGUUAACUCUGGGGCUCCAAAAACAGAAAAUCUAGUUGAGGCGGUUCCUGCUCAGAAACCUAGUCCCCCAGUACGGCAGCCGUCUCCCCACCCAAGCCCUUCAGCAUCAGCUCCCUUUCAGGCACCCCUUGCGUCACCUCCUCUUUGCUCUAGUCCUGGGGCUGCUAACGCCAUCCGGAAGAGCCCCAUGUCGCCGCCCCCCACUGCCCAGGUGAAAGGUAAACCUGCACAGGCUGCUGCUGCUGUUUCUGGUACAGCUGACUCCCAGCAAAGUCCCGUAGAAAGGCCAGUGCAGGGGCCCACCGGAGCUGUACCACCACAGGUCUCUCCUCCUCCUGCUAGUCCUGCCAUCCAGACUGAAGCACUAGUUCCCCAUACUACUACUACUACUACUACUGUUGCUGCUGCUGCUGCUGCUGCUGCUGCUGCUUCGAACAAUAUUACUCCGCCUGCUGUCCCCUCUCCAACCCCAACUCCUGGCCAAGUGGCUGUUCCUACUCAGAUUAUCACCCAGGCUCCAGUGCCUGCAACAGUUUCAGUCUCAAGCCAGGCCCAGGCUGUAACUUCUCAAGCUCCUACAGUCACUGUAGUUAGUGCCACCACAGGUGUCUCGUCUGCUACUUUGCUCUCUACGGUUGCUCCCGUGCAAAGUCCUGUACCGUCCAUUGUUCCAGUUGUCCCUGGACCUGCUCUGGAGGUUGCCCCCACCACAUCUUCUCCAGUUGCAAACCCUGGCGGAGUUCCAGCAGCUCAGCCUAGUCCCCCAGCUGUGGAGCCCCCCAUGCUGCCAGCUGCUGUGUCUGCUGAAAUCACUGAGACCCCCCCAGUACCAAUUCAACAAGAUCCACCGUCCCAGGAACCUGCUGCCAGCGAGAAGACGGGUGAAGAGGUCUCCACGGGUUCGGAGCAGGGAUGGGCAAAGAAAAGAAAGACGCCCAUCAACUUAGUCCCAAGGGCUGCGGUGGAGAAGCCCAAGGGUCCGAGCAGACGCAGCUCCCGGGCAGAGAAGGAGGUGGAGGAGGAGCCAGUAGCAGACAGCGGCAUCAGGAAGCGAUCGGCCAGACCUGGAACCAGCGCCGCUGUGAAAGAAACUGGAGCGAGCCCCACCCAGGCCAAACGAAGGAAGUCUAAAUAGUCACAACAGCAGUUGUGUCAACCCUGUGAACCGUACUGUAAAUGUUUUUUGUUUUCCUGCUGUGAAUCCGUUAAUCGGUUUCUCUGUCCCCCCCCCCUACUCUAGAUUAUGAACUUUUCAAUGGAGGAAGAAACCAAUGUACAGAUUGUGUUUUAAAAAGAAUUAUGCUAUUGUCGUGUCCACGCUAUCAUGUGAGAUUGUAGUUAGAAUGUGUGCAAUACAGUAUGUUGUUUUUUGUGUGUGUGUGUGUGUGUGUGUGUGAAUGUGCUUUUUUUAAAUAUUAAAUGCUGGAUUAAUCACGUGAAGACUGACGAUGGAGCUUGUCAUGAUUGUAUAAUUAUGUUGUAAAACUGAAUUAAAUUUUCUACUGCUUUUUGU